AAUCAAUCAAAACCAUACUGUGUACUGUAUAUAUCAUGGCUCUCGCAGAUAAACGCUACAAACUCAACACCGGGGCAGAGAUCCCAGCACUCGGACUAGGAACAUGGCAAUCCACCCCCGAGGAAACCCAACGCGCAGUCUACCACGCCAUCAAAGUCGGAUACCGCCACAUCGACACCGCACUCGCCUACUCCAACGAAGUCGACGUCGGCAAAGGGAUCAAAGCCGCCAUUGACGAUGGCCUGGUCAAACGCGAAGACCUAUUCGUCACCACGAAAUUAUGGUGCGUCUACGCAAAUCGUGUCGAGGAAGGUCUGGAUACGAGUCUGAAAGCCUUGGGGUUGGAUUAUGUGGAUUUGUAUUUGGUGCAUUGGCCUGUUAGGAUGAAUGAGAAUGGAAAUCACCCUCUCUUCCCCAAACUCCCCGACGGUACCCGCGACAUCAUCCACAGCCACAACCAUAUCUCCACCUGGAAAGCAAUGGAAAAACUCCCAUCAACAGGCAAAGUCAAGGCUGUCGGAGUCUCAAACUACAGCGUGCCGUACUUAAAAGCCCUUCUCGCCGAAGCAAGUAUUGUACCGGCUGCAAACCAGAUUGAGAAUCACCCCCAACUAGCACAGCAAGAAAUUGUGGAUUUUUGUCAGGAAAAGGGCAUCCUGAUUGAAGCUUAUAGUCCCCUGGGAUCGACGGGGAGUCCGUUGUUUACGGCUGAGCCGGUGGUGGAGAUUGCGAAGAAGAUGGGUGUGAGUCCUGCGACGGUUUUGUUGAGUUGGCAUUUGGCCCGUGGCUCUGUCGUUCUUGCUAAGUCGAUUAACCCCGAUCGUAUUACUGCGAAUAGGGAAUUGGUUGAUUUGGAUGCUGAGGAUGUUGUGUUGCUUCAGAAAUAUGCCGACGAUCUCAAGGCCAGUGGGAAGUCGAAGAGAUAUGUUGCGCCGCCAUUUGGAGUUGAUAUGGGAUUUCCGGAUAAGUGGUAGUAAAUAGUAGAUCGACUCGGUAGAUAAAUACACGGAUAAAUAAGUACCACAUACGUACUGUACGCAAUAACAGUGAUGAAAGAUAAAAUCAAGUAUGAGUG